AUGGAGGUCGACCGCAGCCGAACCCGCAGGGAGAGGACAUUUAUCGGCAGUGAAUGUGCCGUCUGCGAGGAGCCGUUGGAACAUACCCUUCGGGGUGAGCGCGUCCUCCAAUUCUCAUGCAGCCAUGUGUCCCACGAAGCCUGCUUUUACGAGUAUAUCCGUGAAUUUGAAUCGCAAUACUGCCCGACCUGCAAUGCUCCAUUAGGCUUGGACACGAGUCGAGGUGGAAAUGUCUUGGAUAUAGAAAAAAUUAGCAAUAUUGUACGCUCGGUGACGAUGAGCGACACGUCCACAACACGGAGUGGUCUGACGACGCCAACACCAUGGGAACAGCCAUCGAGUCGGCGACCACCGAGUGACGCCGGUAGCCGACACAACCCCCCACAGUCCACCUAUAGCCGGCGAGACAGCCGCGACACAACAAACCAGCGUGAACGUGUGGAACGACUGACCGUGGGCUCGAAUCCCCGUCAACCACAUUCUCGGAACGGGAGCGCCGCGGGCUCCUCCGGGGACUACCAAGAUGGCCAGCACAUGAGCAGUGGGCGCCGCCAUGACUACGAUGUACAGGCCAUGGAGUCUGACCUGAGCCCUCGCCCGGGUGUCAGCAAGAAUCCUAUUCCGGCCCCAAUUGUGACCGUGCGGAGCGAAUUUCCCACUAUGAACCGAUCCCGCCAGCAGCAAUCUUUGACAUGUCUGAUUACGGUGGAAGUGCCUGAGGGCAAUUGGCGUCCGGACGUAGACGAUCUUCGCUACACACCUUCAGGCCAGUCGCAGCCCGAUGAGCCGUAUGUUGGCCGCUACGGAGGCUCACAGGAUGCUCGUUCCAUCCAAUACGAACCAGCGGAGAAUCUGGACGAGAUUGCCGAAGACCUGAGGAAUCGCGUGGACAAUUGGCACGGCCUUGAGUUCCAACGGUUUGGCAAACUGAGAUUACACGGCCAAAUGCGCGUGGGCAAGGACCGGGACUCGUGGCAGGAAUUGGAAUGCUAUCUUUUCGCGGAGAUGCUCAUCUGCGUCAAAGAAAAGAAAGUGCCCGACUCACGUCAAUACGAAGAAAACCGCAAGCCAACACGCUGCACUUUGAAAGGUUCCAUCCUAAUUCAGAAGCAUUUGAAAUCCAUCGAGGCUGCAUCCAAUGAACCUGUCCUGUCCCUCAAUCUGUCCGUCAGUGAACUGCCUUGCUUUUACCUCCGUUUCCAGAGCCGCGGCCAGCUUGAGACUUGGCGCCGGGCCUUGAUGGAUCUUCAUCCUGUGGAGAAUCUCUCGCGCCCUAGCGAUUACGACUUUGAUAACUCUGGCGCGGAGGAGGAAGAUUAUCGGACCAGUCGUAUCCAGCGACAAGCGUCCCUGAACUCGUCGCAUGGUGCGGGCAAGUCGAACAAUACAGCGAUCACCGACUACACCAACCCAGAUAUGGAGGCACCCUCGAUCGAUUCUUUCCACAUCCCACUAGAUCUCGUCGUCGUGAUCCCCGUAUCUUCGUCGAUGCAAGGCCUGAAGAUUACUCUGCUUCGGGACGCACUCAAGUUCCUCGUGCAGAACCUGGGCUCCCGGGAUCGAAUGGGCCUGGUGACAUUUGGCUCAAGCGGCGGUGGCGUCCCUCUGGUUGGCAUGACCACUAAGUCUUGGAACGGUUGGAAUAAGAUCCUUGACUCUAUUCGACCCGUGGGGCAGAAGAGCCUUCGCGCCGAUGUGGUCGAGGGUGCCAAUGUGGCCAUGGAUCUCUUGAUGCAGCGCAAGUUCAACAACCCAGUGUCCACCAUCCUCCUGAUCAGCGACUCCUCUACCUCGGACCCAGAGAGUGUUGAUUUCGUUGUGUCUCGCGCCGAGGCUGCCAAAGUUAGCAUCCACUCUUUCGGUCUCGGUCUGACCCACAAACCAGACACAAUGAUCGAACUGUCAACUCGCACCAAGGGAUCUUAUCUGUAUGUGAAGGAUUGGAUGAUGUUGCGAGAAUGUGUGGCUGGUUGCUUGGGUGCUAUGCAGACCACUUCUCAUCAGAAUGUGAAGCUGAAGCUUCGCCUGCCGGAAGGUUCUCCGGCUAAGUUUGUCAAGAUAAGCGGUGCUUUGCACACCACUAAACGGGCUACUGGAAAAGAUGCGGAAGCCGCUUUGGGAGACCUCCGAUUUGGCGACAAGCGCGAUGUUUUGGUGCAACUGGUCAUCCAGCCAGACAACGCUACGCAGGACAAUAUGCCUCAGGAUCCUUGGGAGAGUUUGGUUUCUGGUCUGGAGGCUCUCGGCGGUGGAUUGGAUGGUGAUGAGCAGCGAGUGUUGAGUGUGGAAGAAGUCCCGUUGAUCCAGGCUGAUCUGACCUAUGGAGAUCUUCUUCGUGACGGCCAUCUCACUCAUUCACCCCGCCCAUCUCUCCUUGCCAUCACUAUGCUCCCGCCAAAUCCCAGAGUUCGCAACCAGCGGCCCUCUACUCCUCCAAUUCCCCCUCUCCCCUCUAUCGUGCAGCGCCGCAUGGAGCUGCUCACUUCCGACAUGUUGACUCGGGCACUCACGCUUGUGUCCCGUGGUCAACACGACCGUGGACAGCAUCUUUUGAACGAGACCCGCAGUAUCCUGAAGGGUCUCGGUAAAGGUGGCCUGCCCCCCUGCCCCCUACCGCAUCCCGGACACCGGUCUUCCACUUUUGCUGAGAGCCACGUCUCCUCUGCCUCUGACACGGCUACCAUCACCCCCGCCUCCGCCGUUGACGCGCAGACCAUGACUGCUUUGAAUGCAGACUUAGAUUCUGCGCUUGAAUGGAUCAACCACCCUGCUGUCUUUGGUCGUGAUUCCCGCAAGGCUGUGCUCCAAAGCAUCGGCGUGAUCUCCUCCCAACGUGCUUACACUUUCCGUACUCCCUCCGAAGCUCACUGGGCGCAGCGAAUUUCUGGUGUGCGUCGCUUGACCGAUCGAUCUAAGGACUGGCGUGAGAUGGGUGAUGAUGCUUUGACCGAGGAGUAA